GCGAACGGGGCUCAGACGAGCAUCUGUCUGGCGGCUGCGGGACCAUGGAAUCGCCGGCGUCACCUCCACCUCAAGGCACCCAGACGGAGCUACAGCUCGGCACAGGCUACGAAGUCCUCGACCAUUUGCAGCGGGUUAUUACUAAAACACCGGGAGCAGGAAGCUCCAUUCUGAAUAUCUUGGGCGAUGAACUCUACGAAUGCGAUGCCAAAGAAUACGUGCUCAACAACGGUUACUGCGGCAGCAGCAGUAGCAGCGUGACGACGCGAGAGAGCAACGCGGAUGAAACAUUUCUGGAUGAGUUGCAGAACAUUUGGCAUGCUAAGCUCAUCGAAUGCCUGAAAGACACGGCCAAACAGUUCGGACUUCCACUUAGCCGCAAGCGCACCAUCGGGGAACAGGAGCUCGUAGAAUCCAGAUGGUUUGACUUGGGAAGCGAAGAGAUCGAACUCUUGGCAGUCGAACCACUUUACACACCUCAAGAUUUCCUUGACUUCUUGCUUUCUCCGGCGUCCAAUGAAGACGAGAUUUGCAUCGCUUCCGGAAACACGAGCCCCCUUGCCCAAGCGGCGGUUGCGCUCAAAACCAAAGAUAUCUGCGAACUGAGAGAAAUGCUGAAGACGCCAAGUUACGAGGCUCCCAAGUCUCAGGACUUGGACAGCGCAGAGUACGAACUAUUUGCACAGCUAAUAUAUGACACAAGUGACCAGCUUGCUGCUAGGGAGUUCCUGAAGCGCGGUUGUCCGCAUUGCAUGCGAAGACUUUUCUGGGCCAGGGUGCUGGGAAUUUCGUCAGCUGAGAAGGUGAACGCCGAGUUCCAUGGCCUAAAGGAAAGAGUGAUACGGUACGAGCUACUUGUGGACCAAAUUAUUAUAAAGGACGUUCGUGACACUGUAAUGAACGACAUCGAGUACUUCGUGUUUGACGACAGUUGCUACCAAGUGAUGUUGGCGUUCACAAGAGACUACUAUGUCGCGAGAAGAAUAAGCAACGAUUCAUUAGGGACGGUUAUACUCAGAGCUGAUUUACCUUGCGGAGUCGUUCCAUACUACGGCUUCUCAUUGCUCGUGAGCCCCCUGUGCUUCAUGUACGCAGACGUCGGCAUUAUGUACGCUGUCUUUCGUGAAAUGUACUGCCGCUACUUCCACAAGUUAAUGGCCAUUUCUUCGGACCCGCAGGGCAUUGUGUCACUGUUAUUGACCUUUGAAAGAUUGGUUCAGUACAGGGAACCCGAAUUCCUGCCGGCGCUGGCCUCCAAGAAUGUCAAUCUGCAACCUAUUGUGUUCCAAAUGCUUAUGCAAUCAUUCUGUGCGCACCUACCUGCGGAAGAAGUCCUGAGAUUGUGGGACAGAGUUCUGGGCUACGACUCUGUCUACGUCCUUCCAGUUGCAGCGGCAAGUUUAGUCUGUUCCAAAAAGACGGAAAUUCUUGGCACGAAAGAUCAGUCUUCACUAGAGGACAUAUUUAACAAGCUGAAGCCCUGUGACGUCAUAACCACGCUGGACGAUUUUCUCAAGCCUCCAAGUUUGUGACGGCGACACGAAAAAUUAGAGCAAUUGAGUUUCACUGCCGACCAUAGCUACAGCAAGUAGUCAAGAACGCCCUGCCUGUCAGAGGCCAACAGGGACAUCGUGCAAUUCUGCUGUGAUAGUUUUACAUCGUUAGCAUCAUCUGAGCCAACAACUGCAUCCUAACCAAUGCAACGCUGCCGUUUCUUUCACUACGCAGCACAUUUUCUGGCUGUCUUUGUUACUCAGCGCUGUCAGGACGCAGCACUUCCAUCUCACUCUGUAAGCUGUCUAUAUCAGUCAU